CGCGCCAGCCAGUCUCAGGCAGACCGUAUGGGCGAUCGGACGAAUGGCGCCGAUGACGGGGACGGGCCCGCCUCACUCGAGUACGAGGAGGACUGUUACUACGCGUUUGUCGCGACUCCGAGCUUCGACGCCGUGGCGGAAGGUGAAGAGGACGAGUGUGUGUUCGUAGUGGUCGAGGAGGAGUUCGACGAGCCCGUCAGCCUCGGUUUGGACUCCGGUCAGGACGGCCUGGUAGAGGCCGAGUGGUUCGACAGACGCGCGGGCCGCAACAAGUGGAUACGUGGUGUGAAGGUUAGGUUCGAGGACCUCAGCAAGCCCUAUCUGGCGCGCAUCACUGGGCAUAAGGGCUACUCCAGGUUCCUACAACUCAUAAGAGGAGCAGAAGAGCCCCCGACCGAUGUGUCUCCAGAUUCUGGCAUCAACGAGCUGGCAGGGCUCAGCCCUGAGGAGCAGGAGAGACAGAAGCAGGAGUGGACAGCAGAGCUUGCCAAGGUAGAGGAAGAGAUCCAGACCCUCAGACACGUGUUGGCCUCCAAGGUGAAGGCCUCUCAGGAGCUAAAACGCAAACUGGGAUUCAGUGUUUGGCGGGAGUUUCAGGACGACAUGAGCCAGGGUAUCCGCAAUGUCAAGGAGUCUAACGUUUACCAGAAUGUAGAAGGCACUCUUAGCCAGAUCGGACGGGCUGUGACAGAAGCACCUCUUUACCAUAAUGUAGAGGAGAAAUUUGAACAGGUCAGCAAGGCGGUGGUCGAGACUCCAAUAUAUCAAAAGACUGAAUCUGUGAUAAAAACAACGGCUGAGAAGACAACCUCUAUCCUGGGUGGCCUUGGGUCUGGACUGACGUCAAAAAUUGGUGCGUUGAAGAAUUCAGAAUCUUUCCGCUCGUUUGAAGAUAAAAUCGGCUCAGCUUACGAAAAUGUCAAGGGCAGUUUGACGACUUUGUGUGACCAAAGCAGCCGAAAUUCGUAGUUUAUCAGAAGUGAUUUUCCGAACGAAGACUAAAGUAACGACAUCUCGCUCGAACUCCAUGGUCAAUUUCGAAGAGGCACUGCGUGAAGCCGAAGCCAACCGCAAGUCCCCUGCCACCACCCCCACCAUCAACGAGGAACGCCCCUCCUAGACCCCUUCCUCCCUCCCUGAGCUGUGCACCCAUCAACUCAUACUAGCUCACCCGCUUCCACAAAACUGUUGAGUCCUCCAAAUAAAAUUUUCUUCUUGUCUGUACAUACUGACCAGUACGACUGGCGCUAACAGAGAUAAAACUAUUUAUUAAUAUUUAAUAGAGCAAGCUAAAGUGAAUUAAAAUUUAUAGUUAUCCAUUGUAAUGUUGAAAUUGUAAUCAACAAAUUAUACUUUGACGAAAGCUUUUUAGUACUCUUCCAAGUUGGCAAAAUGUAAACAAUUAGGUAAUGUUUUUCCAAGGGAAGUUUGUGUAAUAUACCAUAUAAUUAAUUACAUUUAAUUAAACAUUUUUAUAUUUUGUCUUAUUCUUGUUUAUAUUGACUUAUUUUAGGUUUAGUUCUACUUAAAAGUUGUAAUAAAAAUUUUAUAAUUACAAACUAGUUAAACUUUUUCAGUGCACAAAUUGAUAUUAAAUUGUUGUUCUGGCCUAACUUAAUAAAAGAAAUUACAUAUUGAUGAUGUUUUAUAUCUUUAUAUCUGAUUGUGCUAUUAUUUGAACUAAAACUUGCAUAUUAAUAAUAUUAAAUAAGUGAUGAAAUUAGCUUUAUACAAGUUACAUUACAUUUAAUUUUGCUGUGAGAUGGCAAAUUUAUUAAAUUAAGUUGUGUAAAUAUAAUUUUAUGAGGAGAGUAUUAUUUUAUAUAUCGGAAGGGAAAUGCACAGCACGGCUCAUUGUUGUUGGAUUGUAUUUAACUGUAUAUUGAGUAAAAAUGCUUGUCCCUGCCUAACAGAGACAUGUCAAUUGCAAUAUUAUAAUCAUUUUGUCGUGUUUGUCCUUUAGCAUUCCAAUAUGCUUGUCAUUAUAUAAUAUUUAUUUUUUGUAGUUGUGUCUAAAAUUUUUGAAACUAUGUUUACUUGCUCUGUGUUUUGUGUGACAAACACCUAUAUACACGAUUUUACACAGUUGGUUUUCUUUCAAUGUUAUGUAUUCUAUAGUUUUUUGUAAGUCUGAUUUUGUUAUUCAUUUUCCCAUAGGCUUGUUAAAAAUCUCCAUUAUUGAUUUAUCUGUAAUUAGCUUUGUGAGGGGUUCCUCUUUCAUGUGCCUGCUUUUAAUUUUCUAGCUUUAAUUUUGUCGCUGUAGGGAAGACAUCUUCCACCACCGUCUACUUGUAAGAUAUUACAAAGAACUAUAUCUAAAAUAAGUACUUAUUUUAUUUAAAAUGUAGAUUGCAACGAUAUUAGAAAGGAGGAAAGGGCUAUGUUUGUUUUUUAUUAAUCUUAUAAUUUUAUUCAAAUAGAAUGUGAUAUAAAGUAGCUAAA